GUUGGUGGGGGCUCGGUUUGCCUGUCGAGCUUUUCCUUCGUCGAGAAGCGCACGGAGAAUCGGCGACACAAUUAGACGUCGGAGACCCACAUUGCAGGAUUGCGGGUCCAGAGGAAAGGAUUCGGAUAAUAAUCGAGAUAUUGGACCACAGGCGAGGGCCGGGCACGGAUUCGGAUAGAGGGAAUACAAUAGUCUUGCUGGUCAGAACGGAGUGAGCGAAGGGAGGAGCUGGCGUUGAGGUAGAGGGGAGCAGUCAUGGCCUCGGCGACGCCAGCAGCACCGAUUGCACAAAUUGCCUGCAGCAGCGGCAGCGGCAGCUUGAAGGGAGUUGCAGCGAGCCGGACUGGCGCUGGACAGCCGCUGCAGCCCAUUCUUUGGAGACAUGGUUUGAGGGGAUGGACGCUCAGUAGGCCCGGACACCAGCGCGUGGAUUCUUGCGUUGUGGCGAGAAGGCAUGCGGAUGGCGUGUGGAGAAUCACUGCAAUGGCCCGAGGACAGGAAAAAUCCAAGGGUGCAGAGCAAGAGACCUCCUUGAGCAAUUCAGCUGCGAGCACCGUGGAAAGCGUCGGAGUCGACCCAAGCUUGCAGUCGCCUUAUUUCGGUGGGCCAUUAUUAUGGAUUGGAGUUGGGGUGGGACUUGCAGCUGUCUUCUCAUGGGCCGGAAACGCAUUUAAGAGAUAUGCCAUGCAGCAAAUGUUCAAGACGAUGGCCAGUCAGAGCAUGGGUGGUGGUCCUGGCAUGGCAGGUAUGCCAGCCGGUAACAUGUUUCCUGGAUCGCUUGGUGGAAUUCCUGGAAUGCCUAUGCCGCCCAUGUCCUCGGGUUCCCCUUUUCCUUUCCCUAUGCCAACACCUCCUAAAACAGCAGCAGCUGCCGCACCACCAGUGGACACUACGGUGUCUGCCGCCUCCCAACCUUCCGCAGCUCGUGGAACAACGGCGACACCUGUGGAGCCUCAAAAAACUGGUUUCACUUUUACCGAUGUGAAUGAGAACCUUGUUGUGGAGCAGCAAGAAGCAGCAUCCAGAGCUAAAGAACAAGCAUCUAAAGCUCCUGAGGAACCCACCAGACCCUUCUUUACCGAUCCUGAGGUAAUGGACGGAGGCUUCGGUGCUCGAACCGGUGAUGCAGGUGCCUCGGCAAAUAGUGCAUAUCAAGGUGCCGGUCAAAAGGGAACCCUUUUCUCAGUUGAGGCUCUCGAAAGAAUGAUGGAGGAUCCUACCGUUCAGAAGAUGGUCUACCCGUAUUUGCCGGAAGAAAUGCGGAAUCCCGCAACCUUCAAGUGGAUGAUGCAGAAUCCACAAUACAGACAACAGCUCCAAGAUAUGCUAAAUAGCAUGGGAGGGGAUGGAGCAUGGGACAACCGCAUGUCAGACAUGCUGAAGAACUUUGACCUCAACAGCCAGGAAGUCAAGCAGCAAUUUGAUCAAAUAGGACUGACACCAGAGGAAGUCGUUGCGAAAAUUAUGGCAAACCCUGAGGUCGCAGUUGCAUUUCAAAAUCCGAAAGUUCAGGCCGCAAUCAUGGAUUGCUCGCAAAAUCCUAUGAACAUCACCAAAUACCAGAACGACAAGGAGGUCAUGGACGUGUUCAAUAAAAUCUCUGAGCUGUUCCCGGGAAUGACAGGCACACCAUACUAGAACUUUAGAUAGAUGUUACCAUUCGUAAACGUAGGGUGAAUCGGUGUCGUUCACCAGUUGUAUACAGCUGGGAUUGGCUUCCAAGAGGCUAUAGAGUUGUCCUAAUUUUUUUUUGAGUAUAAAGAUUUCAAGAGAAGCUUACCGGUGGCCUCAUCAGUUAUCUGCACACCCGUUUUCAGACAUCUUAGAAAGUCUUCAGUUGAGGCAGCCUUCAGUUGAUGCAUCUCUAAUCUUGAUGAUUUUGUGUCGUAAAUCUCAAAGUUUUUUUGCUUAGUGCCUAGUGCCUAGUUGGGUCUUGCAGCAUCUCGGACUUCAAACAUGUAUCAAAGGCUGAGUGGCUCGACAAGGCAAUGGUCCACGCCUCUCUUUUAGAUCUCAACCUAGAUUCCUUUUGUUCGACAGUAGGCACGGCAGUUAGCCCUCAGAGGAUGGAUCCUUAUCGGUUUUUCCACUACCAGGCUGGUUAUGUAUUGGUUAAGUUUCAGUUCUGAGCCAUAUUCGAAGUGCAAAAAUUGGUCUCGUGAUUCGAUUAGUGCAAUAUCCAUGAUCCGUGAACGAUGAUUAGAGAGCCGAAGACCUUCUGUGAGUAAAACUUGAUGUCAUCGAUUGUUCACCAAUUCCCCCAAAAUAUGAAAAGUUCAGAUUUGCUGUGU